AAAAUUCUUUAUUAGGGUCAUUCCAUGUCAAUUCACCGAGGCCAUGUCACCCACCAUCUCAGAUUUUGCCAAUUUUCAUAUAUCAUGUGCCAACUGAUAAGAAUAGCUCAUUCUGAAAAUUUCAGACCAUUAUCUUUAGUACUUUUUGAGAUAUCCGUAUUUGAAUUUUCAAGAAUUUUGUGGUAAAAUUACCAAAAUCCGCCAUCUUGGAUUUUCAUACAGAGGACAACUAAAAACUAAAUUCUAAUAUCUGAAAAGAAAAUGACCAGAACAUAUCAAAAUGAACUUAUUUAUGUAAAUUCAGCUAUGAGGAAUUCAAAAAUGACAUCAAAAUGAAUAUCUGACAGAUCUGAAAGAUUCUAUUUAUAGAAAUCUCAGCAGGGAUUGAAAAAUUGAAAGAUUCCGAAAAUACAAUUGUGUAAAAUUUCAUUUUGGAAUUUCAUGAUGUUUGACAGGUAGCACCAGAAUGAAUUUUUGCAGUUAAAUUUGAGGUACAUUGAGGUACCAAAUCAUUGAAUUUUGACUUGGUGUCUCUUCUUGUUCAAGAGCUAUAAGCAGCUAAAGUAAACUGAAAAUAUUGUCAAAUUUCUUGUGCGAAAGUUCCUUUUUUAAUGUAAUGUGUAUGUUUGUAGACAUAAAACUAGCAAUAUUUGAAGUUCAAUCAACUCAUUCUGUGUACACAACUAGCAAAGCAUUCAUAUAAAUUGAAGAUUUGUUAUCUAUCACUUUUUUACAGUGGAUAAUGUACAGUGGACCACACCCACUUAUGGGUGCGGCAAAAUAGAACACCAUGGAAAGGCUGUAUUACUUAAGAAAUUUUCAGACUUUACUCGAAAAGGUUGCAAAUAAACACUUUUUCCUUGAAGCUACAAGAAAUCAAAAGCACAAAAUCUUUUUGAUAGUGCUGAAGGUAAAAAGUUUGUAGAAACAGGUAUAAAAUUACAGUCUAAUUUAAUUUUAUCUUGAAUACAUGAAUAUACCAAACCGUAAGUUUUUCAAAAGUGUCCAAGUUCUUAUUGGCUCAUUUUCGUAAGAAAAAAAUAAUGUCUUACAGGCUCGUCAUUAUUUCAUUGAUUUUGUGAGAUCUUUGUCUGCCAUUUUAUAUUGUCGCCCAGUUGCUGUUAAGGGUGUUUCUAUGUAACUAGAAAUGGUAGAAUAUGUCAUUUCGAACUAAACAAAAUGUUAGCAGAUAUGUUAGCCUAAUUUUCUAUUGCUUAUCAGUUUUGUUGUGUUGCAGAAAGUUGGCUAUCUCCACCUAUAAAUCUUUUCAUAAAAUGGCGGCAAUAUUCGUUGUUGACGGGAACUUAACUACAAUAUUGCUUAAUAGAUGCUAUCAGUAAUUGUAUCUUAUUGAUGUUUAAAUUGAGUUAAAAUUUUAAAACAUAAUUUCUAAAUUAUUCAGUGUUGCAAAUGAAAUAUUGCUUAGUGUUGAAAAGCUACGACGAAUAAAAUUGCUUGAUUUACGGACCUUGAAAAAUCACGUCAGUGAAACAUAAUCUUAGUAUCCGCUUAUGGUGGUAAAGUGAUAAUUAUCAGCAUGAUGGAAUCUGCAAGCAUCAGUUUGUAACCAGUUAGUGCUUCCUUAUUUCCAUUCAAAACGGAAAUGAGGUCUCCGAACUCCCGUAGGUAAGGUAAAAGAAACAUAAUUAUUUGCAAGAGCUGACUUGCUCAUAUUGUUUUGUCAAGUUUCAGUAACGAGAGGCAGAAAGAUUUCUAUCGCGUUUGAAAAAAUGUCUGUAAGUAAGUUUCUGGAAAAGUGUUCAAUUGGCAGUCAUCUGCAAGAAGAGUGUCACUCUCGGUUCUACACAAGAUCAGUUGGGAUAAAAACAAACAACUCUUUGACUAAAGAGCAAGCGGAGUUAAUUUCUUUAAGAACAGGUCUGGAAAUAGGACCCGAAUUUACAAUUUGUCACCAUCACGAACAAACAAUUUUAACGCAGUACGGCGCUUUUCAGAAAAAGUGCUGCGACCCCUUCCAAAAGCACAAGAAUCCUGUUAAAGGCUCUUUGAGGGAAGUGUCAAUAGCUUCUUCGAAAAGCUAUCAUAAAAUCAAUAUUUACGUGGUACCUGGACAAAAGUUAUGCCCAACUUGUCGGAGAGAGAUGUCUGAAAGAUUGAAAACCUCAGAAGGGAAUGAUGAUGAUAAUGAUCCAGAUGUAUGCUUUCCGGAAAGAGCUUGGAAACAACAGAAAGAAGACCUUGACAUAACUCUUGAAGAUAUUGACGUUAGUCCGAUAAAGCUGCAUUCUGUUCCGAAGCAUUCAAGAGCUUCUUAUGGCAAACGCAAACUCGACCAAGUAAAAGCCAAACUGACCGAAAAGCAAUCAAAAAUCUUAAAUGUUGUUGCAGAAACUAUCGACGUCAUUCCCGAUCAACUGAUGGACAGUGAAGAAGCUGAAAGCGAUUAUUGUGAGACUGAAAGAAAGGCAAAGGAUUUUGACGAAAUAAUCAGUUUAAUGAAGGACAAAAUACGAAUUUCGGAAAGAAGUAAGAAAAUUCAAAUUCUUACACUUGCCCCAUUAUCAUGGUCUGUCCAAAAGGUUAUGGAAGAGUUCGGUGUAACAGAGUAUAUGGUUAGACAAGCACGUGACGUUACCCUCCAGAAAGGUAUUCUAGAGUUACCAACCCGAAAAAAAGGUAAGGCUUUACCAGAUGAUGUGCAGAAGAUGGUAACUAAUUUUUAUUCAGAUGAUGAAUACAGCAGACAGAUGCCAGGCAAAAAGGAUUUUGUGAGCAUAAAAAGGAAUGUCCAUAUGCAGAAACGGCUUCUUCUUUGUGACUUGAAGGAACUUUAUGCAGCAUUCCAUACACACAAUCCUGGAAUAAAAGUAGGCUUUUCUAAAUUUUGUUCUUUACGACCUAAAUGGUGUGUUUUGGCUGGGUCUCCAGGGACAAAAUCAGUGUGUGUUUGCACAAUCCAUCAAAAUGUAACACUUCUCCUUGACGCUGUCAAUUUAGAAAAAGAUCGUCACCAGUUAAUAGAUAUGGUUGUUUGUAACCAAGAGUCAAAAGAGUGCAUGAUUCAUCGUUGUAUCAACUGCCCGUCUAGAUCAGAUUUGGAGGACUACCUCAAUGAACAACUUUUGCCGGAAUUUGUUGAAGAAACAAUUGAAUUCUAUCAAUGGACCAGUACAGAUCGUUCUGAACUUCUAAGGCAAUGCCUUUCUUUAAAUGAGUUUAUUCUGUUGCUAGUCGAAAAAUUAAAUGAACUUACAUCCCACUCUUUUAUAGCGAAAGCUCAAUCGAAGUAUUUGAAACAUUGUAAAGAGAAUUUGAAGGAUGAUGAAACCGUUGUUCUUCUGGACUUUGCAGAAAACUAUAGAUUUGUAAUCCAGGACGAGAUCCAGUCUUAUCACUGGAACCAGCAGUCUUGCUCCUUACACCCGGUGGUUAUAUACUUUCGCAGCAACAGUAUUCUUUCAGAAAAAUCAUUAUGUUUUAUAUCAAAUGAUUUGAACCAUGACACUAGUUUCGUGUACCAUGUGGUAAAAGAAACGAUAAGUAUUAUAAAACAAAGUAUACCUGCCGCAAUUAGCAAAAUAUUUUAUUUUUCCGACGGGUGUGCAGCCCAGUAUAAAAACUGCAAAAACUUUGUGAAUGUCUGCAAUCACUCAAAAGAUUUUGGCAUAGAAUGCAGUUGGUCCUUUUUUGCAACAAGUCACGGCAAGUCCCCUUGUGACGGUAUAGGAGGGGCAAUAAAAAGAUCAGCCGCUAGAGCAAGUCUUCAGCGACCCCUCUCUGAUCAAAUUUUAACGGCUCAACAAAUGUACGAAUAUUGCAAGGAGCAAGUGAUAAACGUACAGGCUGUUUUUCUUUCUGAGGGCCAAAUCGAAGCCACAAGAAGUUUUCUAAAGCUACGAUUCGAAAGUGCAAACACGCUACCAGGAACUAGACGAUUCCAUCAUUUUGAGCCACUGUCAGAUAAGCUGAUAGGAGCUAAGCGAGUCUCUAUAGACAAGACGUAUGCACUGCAAUUUGAUUUGGUCCUGGGAAAAAACAAAACAAAAGCGAAACCAAAUUUACAGCCAAAGACAGCCAAUUUUGUUGUUUGUUUCUAUGAUGAUCAACUUUGGAUUGGUCUUGUAGAGGAAGAAAACAAAGAAAAUGAAGAUUUUAAAAUCAAAUUCAUGCAUCCACAUUUGCCAUCCAGGUCUUACAGCUGGCCUGAGCAAGACGAUACCUGCUUUGUCCCUUCAUUGAAUAUUGCUGCCAUCAUAGAAACACCCUUCACAGCAACUGGGCGACAAUAUAAAAUUGCAGAUAAAGAUCUCACGAAAAUCAAUGAAAUAAUGACGAGCCUGUGAGACAUUACUUUUUUCUUACGAAAAUGAGCCAAUAAGAACUUGGACACUUUUGAAAAACUUACGAUUUGGUAUAUUCAUGUAUUCAAGAUGAAAUUAAAUUAGACUGUAAUUUUAUACCUGUUUCUACAAACUUUUUACCUUCAGCACUAUCAAAAAGAUUUUGUGCUUUUGAUUUCUUGUAGCUUCAAGGAAAAAGUGUUUAUUUGCAACCUUUUCGAGUAAAGUCUGAAUAUUUCUUAAGUAAUACAGCCUUUCCAUGGUGUUCUAUUUUGCCGCACCCAUAAGUGGGUGUGGUCCACUGUACAUUAUCCACUGUAAAAAAGUGAUAGAUAACAAAUCUUCAAUUUAUAUGAAUGUUUUGCUAGUUGUGUACACAGAAUGAGUUGAUUGAACUUCAAAUAUUGCUAGUUUUAUGUCUACAAACAUACACAUUACAUUAAAAAAGGAACUUUCGCACAAGAAAUUUGACAAUAUUUUCAGUUUACUUUAGCUGCUUAUAGCUCUUGAACAAGAAGAGACACCAAGUCAAAAUUCAAUGAUUUGGUACCUCAAUGUACCUCAAAUUUAACUGCAAAAAUUCAUUCUGGUGCUACCUGUCAAACAUCAUGAAAUUCCAAAAUGAAAUUUUACACAAUUGUAUUUUCGGAAUCUUUCAAUUUUUCAAUCCCUGCUGAGAUUUCUAUAAAUAGAAUCUUUCAGAUCUGUCAGAUAUUCAUUUUGAUGUCCUUUUUGAAUUCCUCAUAGCUGAAUUUACAUAAAUAAGUUCAUUUUGAUAUGUUCUGGUCAUUUUCUUUUCAGAUAUUAGAAUUUAGUUUUUAGUUGUCCUCUGUAUGAAAAUCAAAGAUGGCGGAUUUUGGUAAUUUUACCACAAAAUUCUUGAAAAUUAAAAUACGGAUAUUUAAAAAAGCACUAAAGAUAAUGGUCUGAAAUUUUCAGAAUGAGCUAUUCUUAUCAGUUGGCACAUGAUAUAUGAAAAUUGGCAAAAUCUGAGAUGGUGGGUGACAUUUCCAUUUUUUUCUUGGUGAUUUGACAUGGAAUGACCCAUUAGGAAAACUAUGUCCAAUAAUUUUUGUCGUUAGGUUUACCGUAUUAUGAUUUUGGAAAUUAUUUAUAUGAAACACUUGAAUCUUUUAGCAAGGAACAAUCAACAAGACAGCAUUUUCAAGAUGCUACAAAGAGUGGGAAUAUUUUCAAUUUCAAGUUUGCCAAAUGGAAAUGAAUGAUAUUGACAGAAACUACAAGUUUUACAGAUACAAAGGUUCUUAGGCUCUCAAAAAUAAAUCUAGCAGCUUGACAUUCAUCUUACUCAUUAUAACACUUGCAACAGGUAGCCCUUUCUUCUAAUUUGAUGUAAAAAUUGUGGCUGCAACACAUGGUAUAUCAUCUACCAUUACCAAAUCAUCUUGGUUACAGGCAAAGUAUUUUGCUUUGCACAGUUUGACAUUUAGAGUAAUUAUCAUCGAUUACUAAAAGGUGUUGGCUGUUAGGAUCUUGCAAUUUCUACCCUUCCUUCAUUUAGGCAAAGAAGGACAUCCUAUUACAAAGGUGCAUUCUUUUGUGAUAAUAAAGAAGAUGAUGAUGCUUUGCAAGGAAUUUACCGUGACUCUCAAACUGGGUGGCUGCUGACCACCGAGAGCAGUCUAUUUGGCUUAAUGUUUUCGAAGGCAGCACAAAAUCAGUCACAAAAGUUCAAGAACCUUGAUGAAACUGGAAUCGAUAUGAUUUCUUGCCGCCAUAGAAUCGCACAGAAGGCCGUUAAUAUGUUUAGAGGUGAGCUGUUCAGCUACAGCUAUUUCUUGGAGGAGAAUACUCUUGCAGACUGUGGUUCCAGCAUCCUCUAUACAGAUGUGGCUUGCAAGUACUUGAAGUUUGUAAGGAAAAUAGACAAGGCGCUUUUUAAGAGCAGAAAGUAUGAAAUGGAAUGGUGCAUGUCAAGGACCAUCCAGCCAACUGUGAGGUAAACAAAUCCAUUAAGUUUUAUUAUGAGUGUCAACAAACGUUUGUCUCCAAAAAUUUAGCCAAAAGAAAUGACUGAUUUCUAUACACAUCAUGCUUGGUGCUCCUUUUUCACAAGUUGCAUCAGACCAAUAACAGUCCAAAGCAUACAGACAAGACCUUCUGGUGUAGCAUGGCGCAUAGCUGUUCUCAUCUUGCUACUGUCACCUGAUUACUGUUUAUGUCUUAUAUUGCUUUGAUUCGCCUUGCUAAUUGUUGUUGUGAUCUGUUAGGUACUUUUUGGCGGUUUAUGGAUGAGGGAUGCGGGUUAUACUCCUUGAGAAGACGAACAAAUCUUCAGUUACCUAUGUUACAAAUCUUCAGUUGCUGCCAGAACGUAUGUAUCCCCUGGUAGCUUCUGCGUCCCUUGAAUCGUUUUUAAGUUAUUUGCAACGAUUUUACCAUACAGAUAAGUUUGGUUUAUCUGUUUCGGGAAUGGUAGCACCUAAGAGAAUUGUUGUUUAAAAGCAGUUGGUUUACUGUACUUUGAAUGUCUAGUAUCGCGGUCUCUGGGACUCGAAGUUUAAUGUCUUGUAAUGAUCUUUUAUAUAAUUUAUAACAUGUAAUAUAUAUUAUAUAAUGGAUAAUAUAUAAUAUAUAACUUGUUUAGGCGUACUAGAUAAAAGUCUAAUAGCUAUAAAGAGGCUAAUAAAGCCAACUAUCGAUGAAGAAUUAGCAUAAAAUGAAUAUAUGGUACAGUGUUAAAAAAUGUUUAAGGAAUAAUAUUCUAAAUAGAACCUAACAAAGCAAUAAAUAUUCUUUAACUGUGAGGUAGUCUUCGCAUUUCGCUUCAGAAUAUUCAAGACUGGCCUUCACUUCGGCUACAUCUUUUUUAAUUAAUCUCAUUUCCUGUUUCAUCUCAUCAAGAAUAAGUUUGAAUGCGUUAGUAUCAGCACUAAGCAGAAGACUGUGUAUGCAAAAGUUUGUGAACCAAUACAAUGUAAGAGUCAUCACUUGGAAAUUUAGGCCUGUUAGGCCAUGCACAUGCUGAAACGUCCCAAAUUGAAACCGAGGAUAAUUAUGAAACUGAACUGUUUAUUUAAGAAAAAUGUGUAUUGUUCCAGAAAUAGCAGAAUGGGGCUUAAUAAUAGAACAUAGAGCAGUAGUUGAUGAAGAAGGCACAACAAACCAGUCUCGCCGACAACGUUAUUCACACAAGCUUCUUGAUUCAAUUGAAUCAAGAAGCUUGGGUGAUUAGUUGGUCUUGUCAAGCUGCUUGCAUGGCAAGACCAGGUUUCUACUUGACAUUUAUUUUGCCCUCUGUGCCCUUUAACAGUUGGAGUUGAUGAUAUGGUCUAUUUCAUAUCAAAUCCACUUUUGUUCGAUUAGGCUUACCUUAGAUUUUGAUGAAAUGUGGAAAUUUUUGUGAAAUUUAGGAAGGACAGGAUUUAGUUAUUCUAAACGAGGAGGCUACAAUUGCAUUGUGCAGGCAACAUAGGCUGCUUUCAACAGAACAAGAGUGUGAUGUACGCCAGGUACCUUUUAGAGAAGGUCUGUACAGACGCAGCAUUGAUGGCGUCAUUUGGAGAUGUCCAAAUUAUAGAAAAACGAUAAACAUCCGAAAAGGCAGCUUUUUCGAGGGCUGGCAUUUGAAGCUGUGGCAGGUUGACAUACCUGUCGGCUACAUAUGCAGGAUGCUCGAGGGGGCUUUCUGUCUUGCAGACGACGAGGGAGCUUAAAAUAAAGUGGAGGGCACACAAUUGUUGACUAGAAUCAGUUUUGUCGAGACGUGGCUGUCAGCCUUUUGUGAACCACCCAGGGGGUCUAAGGGGAAAUGAACACAUUGUUUGUGCGAAGAAAUUACGAGCAUGGCCACCUACACGGAUACUGGGCGGGUAUGAGGAAGAUACAAAGAAAGGGUUACUGGUACCGGUCCCUGCAAGCGACCAAGCUACAUUACUGCCGAUCAUCCAGCAGUGGGUGGAACCCAACACAAUGAUAUGGACUGAUAUGUCUGCAGCAUAUCCGAACCUGCCACAGCUUGGGUUGCUAAACAUUGCUAAAUGGCUAGACAAUAACAGAUUGAUAAUAAACUUGAAAAAAGGGAAAACUGAAUAAAUGCUGUUUGGAACUGCAAAAAGACUUUAUUCACAAAGCAAUUUGAGAGUCUGAUACAAAGAACAUCUCAUUAAUUUUGUAAGUAGAUAUAAGUAUUUUGGAAGUGACAAUGAAUCCAUCACUUAACAUGAAUGACCAUCUUCAAAAGACUCUAUAGAGCGUGGCUGUUUGAUUAAGGCUCUUGUAGAAAGUGAGACAUUAUCUAUCAACUUCUGCAGCUGAAUCAGUUUACAAAGCUAUUGUUGCCCCUAACAUACUAUAUUGUUCAACUCCUGUGCUCGAAGUGUCUGACACACGAUGGGGAACAAAUAUGAACACAAUUUGCAAAGGAGCACAAUUUAGAUCAUCAAAAACCAGCCAAAGGGCAGCAAAGAAUGUGGGCUCAUGAGCAUUCAAGAUCAUAAGAAAUUCAAGGCAGCGAUACAGAUCUUUAGAUGCCUGCAAGAAACAGCCAUAUCAAAUCUUGCGUCAUAUAUCCAGAAAGUGGGCCACAAUUAUAACACAAGAGAAAGUUCAUCAACCCUCUGCCUUCCAAAGGUCUGAACGAAUGCUGCAAAAAAGUCAUUUCGUUUCCAAGGCUCUUCUUGCUUCAAUGACAUCCCAAUUGGCAUCCGCUAUUAAACAUCAAUUGUUCAAUUCAAACAUCGAUUAAAAGAACAUUUCUUUAGCAACUAGUUCACUUCAGAUCCACUAAAAAUGAUUUUUAUCCUUUAUUACUUUCAUUGUUAGCUUUUCAUUUUUAACUUCUAUCAUUUCUAUUGUUAUUAUUAUUGUUGUUAUUAUUGAAACAGAAAAACACUGUAAAAAUUGUACAGAUGGGCCUAUAUCCCUAUCAUAUAUCUCCAUCUGUAAUUAUAACAAACUGAAAUAGGUGAUAUUUCAAUGGUCAUAGAAUGUAGAACAAAUAAAUCACAUUUCACAGCAGAUAUGUCAACAGAAAGUACCCAAGGCCAAACUGUGAUAUUUUAGAAAUUUACAAAUCAGUAACCACAACAAUAUAUUAUCAUAAUCAUCAAUGUUGCCUGUUUAACCUCUCUUUCAAAUAUGAGUAAUCAGACUAGUCUGAAAAAUGUUUUGUACAAUUAUUUAAGUUGCAAUUUGAUCAUAAUUGAUAGAAAAAAGCUUAAAGGUUCCACCAACUCAAGCUCAGCCUAAAUGUUCAGUGAUUCUGUGUUGUUACUGGAUUCUAGAGUCAAAAGCUAUGUUGUGCACCAAAGAAAAUAUAGUUUGCCACUGCAAAUUCUAGCAUCGAAAAUCUUGUCCAGUUACAAUAAGGCAAAGUCUAUAGAUAUUUCUUUUUGUUGAUGUUGUGGGGAACUUGUGUUUCCUUAGAAUUAUUCCUGUGUCCUUUCGAUCUUCAUUCGAGAAUAUUCAAAAAACUUAGUAUUGCUUACGUAAGUUAAUUCUAUUCUUAUCAUAUUGUAUUACAUCACGUCAUAAUCAAAUGUUCCACAAUUUUCUACGGAGUUCUUAAUUAUCAAAACUAGACUAAUUCACAGUUCCAGGUUGUCUGGGACUAAUCAAUACUCGGAAAACAAAGUUUGGAAAAGUCAAUGAUAAAUACGAUUUACAUUAAGUCAGUGAUCAAAAUUAAUUCCCUCCUUGGGUGGCAAUGCUCUCCCUUGUGCCUCUGGACUACUGGGAUCUUAACAAAGCUAGAUGAUCAACGGUAGCAUUAGAACACACAAAAGCAGUAGACAAUUUUCUUAUCAAUGAAAUUUUCGUUUUACUGGUAUUUAUGCCUAGGAAAGAGGUUUCUGCACAGCUAUCAAAAUAUUGCACAGCAGCUUAACAAGGUGAUACGUUGAAUGUUUAACGUUUUCAAAAGGGAGGGGCCCACUUUACAUCAAUUCAUUUUUUGGUGUGAGAAUGGAUUUGACUCUUUACACGGCAUACUAUCAGCAGUCCAGUCACUGUUCCAGUGCAUUUCUUCAACCUCGCCAAUUUGGUCUUAUUGCCCACCAAUAGAUAAAGUAUUUGCAGUUUCUUGUGCAAUUUGUCUAGCAAGUCAAGUAGGAAAAAAUCUGGUUCAACAGAAUGCUUCAGUUAUUUUCAAUGCCCUGUCAGUUGUCAAUUCAUCGAAGAUGCAAUCCCAGUGGAAAUAGCUCCUGCAUGAAAUGAAAGAAUUCAGCUCAAUAAAAUUGACAAAAGCUAAGCACAAAAUACUUUCCAUGCAGGCCUAAGCUCUGUGAUAGAAGAAUUAUGAAGAAAUACGCUGUGAAAGAGAAAAUACACUCUAAGUGCAUGGAUAAAGAUAAACAAAAUAAUCUUGUUAACUGUUCCAUGGGUUGCAAAGGGCAACAGCUCAUGCCUGGGAUAUUUACUUUUUAUUGCAAACACGACAGGUGCUCUUUUUUUAAUUAUUUUAAAACCUUAAGCGCCAAAACAUGUAGAAACACGGAGUCAUAGAAUUGACAUUUUUAAAUUUUGACAAAUUCUGCACUGGUGUAGUUUACAAACAUAAACUAGCAAAUGCAACUAAAAAUUUGCUAUUUGGUUUUAAGUUUCAAGUGAAGGAGUUCCUACAGCCUUACACCAGUUUAAAUGAUGAGCGGUUCCACUGGCUUGAAAAUGUAUUUUUGAAACACUUGUCAGAUUGGAAAGCAAGCACAGUGUGCAGAGAUGGCAAUUUCAGUGGAAGCGCGAGGGACAAAAUGUUUCUGUCUUGGCAAACACACGAAGGCUUGCAGAUCACUGUGUAUUUAGUCAUUGAAGAUACUAGGUUCCUCCUAACCAGUAGAAUGAAGCUUGUUCUCACUAGCCGCUUUAACCAGGAUGUCAUUGAAGAAUAUUUCAGUAGACAACGGGUCGUCAUAGUGACAAUCCUGAUAUGUGAAUGUUGGGGUACAAGGAUAACACAAUCAGAAUACAAAGGUCAAUCGUACCUGUUAAAGGAAACACAAGAGGAGGACAAUAUUAAAAAAGACAUGGUCAAUUGUAGAUGAAGCAAAAUUAGCUAAAAAAACCUCUCUUGUUCUCUGGCGAGCAAGAGAACAACAAUGUCUGCAGAAGCAACAGAGAGUUCUAUGUCGACUAACUUUUGAGGUCUCCAUUCUGUUGCUUGUAAUCGAUAUUUAGACAAAUUGAAAUAUGCGAGGGGCACAAAGUGUUAACCGGACCCGUAUCAGUUAAGUUUUGGCUGGUCAGACAGUCCAAGGAACUGCCCUGACAUUACUUUUGGUGAUAUUUUCAUGUAUCUGAUA